ACAUAGAGGAGCAUCAUCAAGCUGAACCUGCUUGCUAUUCCGACAUUAUUGAUAUGUACCUAUAAACCAGAGAGCUUGGAGUAGAUUGCAAGUUUUCUUUCUUGUCUAACUUACCUGCAGCUCCCAGGCACACAUUCUAUUCUUCUACAUACUAUGUCUGCCUAAACUGUACUCAUGCAUGAACAAAACAGCAGAUUGUUGAUUAGAUGUAUUUCUGCUGCCAGUGUGAUCAUAAGCAUCGGUCAAACUUGUUGCCGUGUCCUAUGCUGAGAGCAGGCUGUGUGCCCGGCUGGGGUGCGGUGCGAGCUUUGCGAGCCACCGUGGCGGCGCGAGUAAGCUGUCUGUCGCAUCAUCCAACUAAAAUGUGCAAAGACUACCGCGAAUUCCCUACACUCACCAUGUCUGUUGCACUUCCUCCCGGCCUGUACGAGAUCCAUAUUCCUAAUGAUGCAAAGAAAAAGCUUCUUGCACCACCUUCUGCUGGGGAGACAAUUAGUGUUGGCACAGUUCAAACACCCCUCAGUGUCUGGCAAAUAUCUGGAAAUGGGGCAAUCACCUCUUUCUCGACUGGAAAUCAAACCCAGACAAAGGACAACCCCUCCACCGUAGGAAGCAAUGUGGUAACUGACAAGGCAGAAGGGAUGCAGUGGAUUGUCUGUGGAGUAGAAUCAACGGGCAACAACAGUUGGACUGGAUCAAUCAUGACCAACGACGUAACUGGGCUUUUCUGGUCAAUCGAAUCUGGUCGGAGGAUCGUCCUGAGGAAUCCUGCCAACGAGUCCAUUCCUCAAUUUCACUUUGUACCCGCUAGCCGCAAAUCGUUUGAAAGGGUUAACGAAACGACGCAACCAUCGGCAGGAAAAGGAGCUCUGGAAGCAAUACUCACUGUGAUCAUAAUCGUCUUGUACAUGAUUUUGGAGAGGUCUAGAGGGUCGAAGGCGAAGCUUCUAUGAAUGAGUAAAACUAAAACCUUCCUUUUUCCUUACCUCUCGACACUUAAACUUUAUCAAUCACUUAUCCUAUAUCUUCGCAUCAUCCUAAAGCUGACAGGAAUGCGAUCGAAAACCACAAAUACAAGUUUUGAGGACAAUCAU